AUGGCUUGGACGCCGGUCACUGCCGUGGCAGUGCCGCCCCGGGAUGCCAACGGGGCCUUCCGCUGGUGUCCCACCGGUGUAAAGGCCCGCGCCGGCAUCCCAGGAGCGAAUGAAGUCUGCUAUGAAAAGAUUGGCUGUUUCUCUGAUAAGCCCCCUUGGUCAGGAAUACCGGGAAGACAGCUGUUAGGUUUACCCCAGUCUCCUGAAAGUAUAAAUAUUUCCUUCUCUCUCUUCACCAAAGAGUCUGGAAAUACCUCACAAAAAAUCUCAGCCGAUAAUACAUCAACUAUAGAAACGUCUUACUUCUCUCCAUCAAGGAAAACUGCCUUUGUAAUCCAUGGAUUUUCCAGCACAGGAAGAUAUGGCUGGGUUGUGGAGAUAUGUUUGCUGCUUGCGGAAGUGGAAAAUAUAAACUGUAUUGCUGUAGAUUGGGAAGACGGGGCAAAAGGCACGUAUUUCACAGCGGCAAGCAACACUCGUGUUUUGGGGGCAAUGAUAGCUUAUCUUAUUAAAACUAUCAUGAAAAUAUUCAACUGCUCUUUAAAAGUACACCUGAUUGGUCAUAGUCUUGGUGCUCAUGCUGCUGGAGAAGCAGGCCGAAGACAUCGAGGCGAUGCCAAAAAAAUUCCAGGCAUCGAUAGAAUAACGGGCUUGGACCCAGCUGCACUCUGUUUUGAAGGUAUGCCCACUAAGGUCAGGCUGGAUCCUUCUGAUGCUGAAUUCGUGGACAUCAUACACAGCAAUGCUGGUGACUCACUUAUUAUAGGACUGGGGAUCAUUAAUACUACUGGCGAUAUGGAUUUUUACCCCAAUGGUGGAACUAAUAUGCCUGGGUGCAAUGAUCUAAUUAAAUCAAAGGAAGAAGAUGAACUGAAAACCUAUCCUCAAGUUACUCGUGCUGUUGGAAUUUGCGACCACUCACGAAGCCAUAUGUACUUCAAAUACAGUAUUCUUUGUCCUGAUGGAUUUCUCGGCUAUCCGUGUGAAUCAUAUCACUCUUUCAAGGAGGGAAAAUGCUUUCCAUGCCCCAAAGGCGGCUGCCCCAUGAUGGGUUAUUAUGCUGAUCGGUUCUACGAUAAAUUGAAGAAGGGGGACACUGCAAAGUACUUUUUAGAAACAGGACCUGUGGAGCCAUUUUGCAGCUGGAGGUACAAUAUAUCUGUCAAGCUAUCUGGAUCUGCAAGGGGAGAUAUUAAUAUAUUUUUGCGUGGUAAAGAAGGAAAGACAAAGCAAUACCAAAUUGCAGAUGGCUACCUUUGGCAUGGACGAAUCUAUUCAAAGCUCAUUGAUACAGAAAUUAAUCCUGCAAAUGUGACAAGAAUUGAGUUUCUUUGGUAUAAGAGGUUCUUCACUUUAUGUUGGGCUAAGCUGGGAGCAGAAAAAAUGACCCUAACACGCGGUCAAGAUGGGCAUGAGUCUCACUUUUGUGGAAACGAGAGAGUAAAAUAUGGAGUUCUUCAAACUCUCACACCUUGUUGA